UAGAUCGCAGUAUCGUCUCUCUUCACUAAACAUCAGUAGGUGGAGAAAUCCCUCCCCCGAACCAAAUAACUAUAUCAUACCGAAGCAUAACGCCGGAGUCGGAGAAGAAAAUGGGAUCUGAACCUUCGCCGCGUUACUUCUGGGGCGACUCCCCAGAACCAGAGGAGUACUACGCCUCCCAAAACAUCCGCAACCACCAAUCCUACUUCUCCACCCCUCACGGCCGCCUCUUCACCCAAUCCUUCUUCCCCAUCGACCCCUCAACCGGCGAACUCCUCGCUGUCAAGGCCUCCGUCUUCAUGACCCACGGCUACGCCUCCGAUUCCGGCUGGCUCUUUCAAAAGAUAGCCAUCUCUUUCGCUCAAUGGGGUUACGCCGUGUUCUGCGCCGAUCUACUGGGCCACGGCCGAUCUGAUGGCCUCCGAUGCUACGUCGGAGAUCUCGACUCCAUCGCCGCGGCUCCCUUGUUCUUCUUCUCCUCCGUCCGUCGGCGACCGGAUUUCUCUUCCCUUCCCGCCUUCCUCUUCGGCGAAUCGAUGGGCGGUCUGGUAACCCUCUUGAUCUAUUUCAAGUCCAUGGAUGCUGAUCUCUGGUCCGGCAUCAUCCUUUCAGCUCCCCUCAUCCAGAUCCCAGAAGACAUGCAGCCCUCUCGGAUCCGGCUCUUCAUGUAUGGUCUUUUGUUUGGGCUCGCCGAUACUUGGGAAUCGAUGCCGGAGAAGAAUAUGGUAGG